GGCGCGACACUUGGAUUUCAUCGGUCAAUUUUCAACAGACAUCUGACACGUGGCCGGCAAGGACAACGUAGUCGCUGACGCAUUGUCUCGAGUAGAGGCUAUACAGAAAGCGCCUGACUUCGAGGAAAUGGCAAAAUCACAGAAAGAAGAUCCCGAACUCCAACAGUUGCUAGACGGCAGCAUACAGUCGUCACUCAAACUAACAAAAAUUCCGAUACCCGGGACUGAAAUCAAACUGUAUUGCGACACAUCAACACAAACAGCGCGUCCCUACGUAACGGAACCAUUUAGAAAGCAAGUAUUCCAAGCACUGCAUGGACUAUCGCACCCCGGCAUUAGAGCAACGGAGAGAUUGGUCAGACAAAAAUACAUAUGGCCUAACAUCCAACGGGACUGCCGAGCGUGGGCACGUACAUGUCUGCAAUGCCAAAAAGCUAAGGUACACAGACACACAGUCACGUCAACGGGGAAUUUUCUAGGGCCGACGAAAAGAUUCCAGCACAUACACAUGGACCUGAUCGGACCCAUGCCAACAUCGCUUGGGUACAAGUAUUGCUUGAAAAUCAUAGACCGCUUCACGAGAUGGCCGGAAGCAAUUCCUGUUCCCGACAUUACGGCCGAAACAGUAGCCAGACAGCUUUUCACAAAUUGGAUAGCAAGAUUCGGAACACCAACAAGGAUCACUACAGAUCAAGGACGACAAUUCGAGUCCGAACUAUUCAAGAAGCUAAUAAAACUAACUGGAUCCCCUCAUCUCCAUAACAUACCCCCCAGCAGCCAAUGGGAUGGUAAAGAGGCUCCACCGGCAAUUAAUAGCAGCCAUAAAGAGUCACCAAACCGAAGCAUGGGCAGAGAUACUCCCAGUCGUUUUAAUGGGCAUCAGGACGGCGUGGAAAGAGGACCUACAAGCAACACCGGAGGAAAUAGUCUACGGAGAACCAAUUCGGUUACCAGGACAGUUUCUCAACGAAGCCGACAGCGAAACAGACACUUCAGAAGGAUUCGUAAAGGACCUGAAGAAAACAAUGAAAAGCCUGCAACCAAGAGUAAGAAGGCACGGACAAAAAGCCACGUUUGUAUUUAAAGCCUUAGCCACGACACAACAAGUUUUCUUACGACAUGACGCGCAGACGAAAACGCUACAGCCGCCGUACGAC